UAUGACUAUUGAAAUACUAUUUCUUGUUUUGUUCACUAGUUGAAGUGUGGUGUUGUGAAAACAAGUUUACUAAAGCAUGCAUGGAAUUGAAGUUGACGGUUUUUCUAAUGGAAUUAUAGAAAAGACAAAAACUAUGAGGCUCGAAAAUGAUUCUGCAGGCGGUACGUGUUUGGUAUUCGCCCCACCCGCUGAAGAAGUUGGGGUUCUGGCAAAGUAUUUAGCUGUUUUCGAAAAGUAUGGAGUUAAUUUGUCACAUAUCGAGUCCAGACCUUCAACAAGAAUGCCCGAAAAUUACGAGUUUAUGGUAGAAUGUAAACCUUCAGGAAACAUUGCAGGGGCCAUCAAUGAUAUCAAAAACAAAAGUGAAUAUUUGAAAAUAAUUUCCCGAGAUUACAAAGAUAAUAAAGAUUCGAUCCCCUGGUUUCCAAGACGUAUAAGGGAUUUGGACUGUUUCGCAAACCAAAUUUUGUCUUAUGGAGCUGAGCUGGAUAGUGACCAUCCAGGAUUUACUGAUCCAGUUUACAGAGCCCGCAGGAAAUAUUUUGCUGAUAUAGCUUACCACUACAAACAUGGCCAGAAGAUACCUUACGUCGACUACACCGAAGAAGAAAUCGAGACAUGGGGCCAAGUCUUCAGGCAACUGACCAACUUGUAUCCAACCCAUGCUUGUAAAGAAUAUAACCACGCCUUUCCGCUCCUGGUGGAAAACUGCGGUUUCAAAGAAGACAAUAUUCCACAGUUAGAGGAUAUUUCUAAUUUCCUGAAAGAUUGUACUGGAUUCACUAUACGCCCAGUUGCAGGACUACUUUCAUCCAGGGACUUCUUGGCAGGAUUAGCUUUUAGAGUGUUCCAUUCCACUCAAUAUAUCAGACAUUCCAGCAUACCACUUUAUACUCCUGAACCAGACGUAUGUCACGAGUUACUAGGCCAUGUUCCACUUUUUGCCGAUCCUGAUUUUGCACAGUUUGCCCAAGAAAUUGGUCUUGCAUCUUUGGGAGCACCCGACGAGUAUAUUGAGAAAUUAGCUACGUGCUUUUGGUUUACUAUUGAAUUUGGUCUGUGCAAAGAAAACGGACAAUUAAAAGCUUACGGAGCAGGACUCCUUUCAAGUUUCGGAGAGAUUCAGUAUGCUCUGGGAACUGAACCUGAAGUCAGGCCGUUUGAGCCAGCGAAAACAGCUUUGCAGAAGUACCCUAUCACGGAAUUCCAACCCGUUUAUUAUGUUGCCGAAAGUUUCGAGGACGCCAAAGAAAAGAUGAUCAAAUUUGCAGCCACUAUUCCCAGAGAUUUUGGGGUGAGGUACAAUGCGUAUACCCAAAGUAUUGAAGUUUUGGACUCGAAACACCACAUUCAGAGACUGGUCAACAACAUAAACUCCGAGAUAUCGAUAUUGAUAGAUUCCCUCAAAAAGAUAUAACUGCUGACUUCUGUUACUACUGACUAUAAUUAGUAUUAUCGAAUUGAAACGUGCUAAUUGAAAAUUGCCACAUUUUUGACUAUUCAAGUGUAGAUAAUUGUAUUUAUUGUUUUUAUUGACUUCUACUGUGAUAUAAUUGUAGGUAGAUAUUAUAAUAUAUAGGGUUUAACUCUGAUUGCCAAAAACACUGUUCCAAUAAAUAUUUGUUGAACAUUCGAAAAUUUCCAUGAUAACUUAUUUCAUUUCAAAUAAAGUAUUUCAAAAGAAAGAAAUAA